GAGGGCAGAGAUGAGAUGGGAGGCUUGUUGCAAAACAGCUCUCUGGAAGUGAUGACACCAACAGAAAAACCUUCCAAUAACUUCCUAUGAAAGCAACAGCAGUAAGGAAGAAACUGCACAGCACAAGUUUCCCAGUGGGGGGGCUGCACUGCACAUAGACACAGAGGGGAGGCUACGAGAAGAGACCCCAUCUGCACACGAGAUACAUAUAGGAAGUGGCUGGACUGAGAAGAAACUAUAGGUGGAGGAAGCUGGACUGAGCAGAAACUAUAGGUGGAGAAAGCUGGGCUGGGCAGAAUCUAUAGGUGAAUAAAACUAUAGGUGAAGAAAGCUGGACUGAGAAGGACCUAUAAGUGGAGAAAGCUGGACCGAGAAGGACCUAUAGGUGAAGAAAGCUGGACUGAGAAGGACCUAUAAGUGGAGAAAGCUGGACCAAGAAGGACCUAUAGGUGAAGAAAGCUGGACUGAGAAGGACCUAUAAGUGGAGAAAGCUGGACCGAGAAGGACCUAUAGGUGGAGAAAGCUGGACUGGGCAGAAACUAUAGGUGAAGAAAGCUGGACUGAGGAGAACCUAUAGGUGGAGAAAGCUGGACCGAGAAGGACCUAUAGGUGGAGAAAGCUGGACUGAGCAGAAACUAUAGGUGGAGAAAGCUGGGCUGCAAAGAAACUAUAGGUGGAGAAAGCUGGACUAGGCAGAAACUAUAGGUGAAGAAAGCUGGACUGAGAAGAACCUAUAGGUGGAGAAAGCUGGACUGAGCAGAAACUAUAGGUGAAGAAACUAUGGGUGAAGAAAGCUGGGCUGAGAAGAACCUAUAGGUGGAGGAAGCUGGACUGAGAAGAACCUAUAGGUAGAGGAAGCUGGACUGAGCAGAACCUAUAGGUGGAGGAAGCUGGACUGAGAAGGACCUAUAGGUGGAGGAAGCUGGACUGAGAAGAACCUAUAAGUGGAGGAAGCUGGACUGAGAAGGACCUAUAGGUGGAGGAAGCUGGACUGAGAAGGACCUAUAGGUAGAGGAAGCUGGACUGAGAAGGACCUAUAGGUGGAGGAAGCUGGACUGAGAAGGACCUAUAGGUGGAGGAAGCUGGACUGAGAAGGACCUAUAGGUAGAGGAAGCUGGACUGAGAAGGACCUAUAGGUGGAGGAAGCUGGACUGAUCAGAACCUAUAGGUGGAGGAAGCUGGAGUGAGAAGAACCUAUAGGUGGAGAAAGCUGCACCGAGAAGAACCUAUAGCUGGACUGAGCAGAAGAGAAAGGACUGCACAAAGGUUACACAUUGGAGGUGGCUGGACCCAGGACUGACUUGUAGGACAGGCUGGACUGAGCUUUACAACUAUACACAGAACAUUUGAACAUAAGGUAGUAGUAGUAGUUACACACUGUGUGUGGGGGAAGAUACAGGAAGAAGAGAAGUGUGCCAGCAUUACACGCAACAGAAAAGUUUCAGAAAAGGAAAGGCAGCACAGAGGAGUGAGAGGUGUACGCCGAGAUCUCCAACACUUCCAGGACUUUCCCCCAAACCAUAGAAGCCCAUUGCCAGGAGGAGAGCCCCUUUAUUAUCCCAAUGUCCACAAGGGGUGGUCUGCCUCUCCCUCAAAUGCAUAUGAUGAGAGGACCAACUCCGGGGUUAUACCGACCCCCACCGGGACCUUAUCAGAGACCUGGAAUGCUUCCCGGAGCACGAAUGCAAGUGCCAGGCAUGCCGGUUGGUUCACCCAUGAUGCCAGGAUACGGUGCAGGUCCUCCCAUGAGGCCUGGAAUGAACCCUAUGUUGAUUGAACCAUUUAGAAAGAGACUUAUGGCCCCACAAGGACAUCCUUCUGCAGGCGCCCACAGGAGGGGAAUGAAGAGAAGGAAAAUGGCUGACAAGGUUCUGCCCCAGAGGAUCCGGGAAUUGGUCCCCGAGUCACAGGCAUACAUGGACCUGUUGGCUUUUGAAAGAAAACUAGACCAGACAAUAGCCAGGAAAAGGAUGGAGAUCCAGGAUGCCAUCAAAAAGCCCCUGACUCAAAAGCGGAAGCUGAGGAUCUAUAUUUCCAACACAUACACUCCCGGGAAACCCGAGGGAGACGAAGCAGAGAGAGUCAGUUCCUGGGAGCUGCGGGUCGAAGGAAAACUGCUGGAUGAUCCCAGUAAGCUGAAGAGGAAGUUCUCUUCAUUCUUUAAGAGCCUUGUUAUCGAGCUGGAUAAAGAUCUUUAUGGGCCAGACAACCACUUGGUGGAGUGGCACAGAAUGGCAACCACUCAGGAAACAGAUGGGUUCCAGGUGAAGAGACCCGGGGACGUGAACGUGAAAUGCACCUUGCUUCUAAUGCUGGACCACCAACCUCCCCAGUAUAAAUUGGACACCCGCCUGGCUCGGCUCUUGGGUGUUCACACUCAGACCCGUGCCAACAUCAUGCAAGCUCUGUGGCUGUACAUCAAGAAUAACAAGCUUCAGGACAGCCAUGAGAAGGAGUACAUCAACUGUAACCGGUACUUCAGGCAGAUCUUUAACUGCAUCCGAAUGAGGUUCUCCGACAUCCCCAUGAAGCUGGCAAGUCUUUUGCAGCACCCGGAUCCCAUAAUAAUUAACCACAAUAUUAGUGUGGACCCUAACGAUCAGAAGAAGACCGCGUGUUACGACAUUGAUGUGGAGGUGGACGACCCCUUAAAGGCCCAAAUGAGCAACUUUCUUCAGUCAACUACUAACCAGCAGGAGAUCGCCAACCUGGAUGUCAAGAUUCACGAGACGAUUGAAUCCAUCAACCAGCUGAAGACACAGAGGGAUUUCAUGUUAAGCUUUAGCAACACCCCCCAGGAAUUUAUCCAAGACUGGCUAAAAUCUCAAAGCAGGGAUCUCAAGAUCAUGACGGACGUGAUGGGGAAUCCAGAGGAAGAGAGACAUUCGGAGUUCUAUGAAGAGCCCUGGACCCAGGAGGCUGUGGGGAGAUACGUUUUCUUCAAGGUCCAGCAGCGGAGACAAGAACUUGAGCAGGUUCUGGGAAUACGUCUGACAUGAGCACAGUCUGGAGCAGCUUGUAAUUAAAUUUCAUGUGCCUUAAUAUACAUGUUCUAUACAUUCUGUCACCUUAGAAAAGCUGUGUGUCAGUCCUCAGGUACGAUAAAAGUUAGCUGCCUUUUCAUUUACCGAAA